GCCACGUGGGAGUCGGGCGUAGCCUCCAUGAUGCAGAACAGUCACAGUGGUGUGAAUCAGCUCGGCGGUGUGUUUGUCAACGGAAGACCACUGCCUGACUCAACAAGGCAGAAAAUAGUUGAGCUUGCACACAGUGGCGCGCGACCGUGCGACAUCUCCAGGAUACUGCAGGUAUCAAACGGAUGCGUGAGUAAAAUCCUGGGAAGAUACUAUGAAACUGGCUCAAUCAGACCCAGGGCUAUCGGGGGGAGCAAACCAAGAGUAGCGACUCCUGAAGUGGUCGGGAAAAUUGCGCAAUACAAGAGGGAGUGCCCUUCUAUCUUCGCCUGGGAAAUUCGAGACAGACUUCUAUCAGAGGGCGUCUGCACCAACGAUAAUAUACCCAGUGUAAGUUCAUUGAGUGUGUCAUCAAUAAACAGAGUCCUCCGCAACCUGGCUAGUGAAAAGCAACAGAUGGGUGCAGAUGGCAUGUAUGAUAAAUUAAGAAUGCUGAACGGUCAAACUGGAACAUGGGGCACACGGCCGGGCUGGUACCCCGGAACCUCGGUACCAGGGCAACCAAACCAAGAUGGUUGUCAGCCGCAAGAUGGAGGUGAGAACACAAAUUCAAUCAGUUCGAACGGAGAGGACUCAGAUGAGACACAAAUGAGGCUUCAGCUGAAGAGAAAGUUGCAAAGAAAUCGCACGUCGUUUACACAAGAGCAAAUAGAAGCACUGGAAAAAGAGUUUGAAAGAACUCAUUAUCCUGACGUUUUCGCAAGGGAGAGACUAGCAGCCAAAAUUGACCUCCCAGAAGCCAGAAUACAGGUGUGGUUUUCUAACAGAAGAGCGAAAUGGAGGAGAGAAGAAAAGCUCCGAAAUCAGCGAAGACAAGCAAGCAAUUCUUCAAGUCACAUUCCCAUUAGCAGUAGCUUCAGUACGAGCGUCUAUCAGCCUAUUCCGCAGCCCACGACGCCAGUGUCCUUCACAUCAGGGUCAAUGUUGGGAAGGUCAGAUACAGCUCUGACAAACACAUACAGCGCCCUGCCACCCAUGCCAAGUUUCACCAUGGCCAACAACCUGCCUAUGCAACCCCCUGUCCCCAGCCAGACUUCCUCCUAUUCCUGCAUGCUGCCCACCAGUCCCUCAGUGAAUGGGAGGAGCUAUGAAACAUACACGCCCCCUCAUAUGCAGGCACAUAUGAACAGCCAAUCAAUGGCCACUUCUGGUACCACCUCAACAGGUCUCAUCUCCCCUGGAGUAUCUGUCCCAGUCCAAGUUCCUGGCAGCGAACCUGACAUGUCUCAGUACUGGCCAAGACUACAGUAAAGAGAAGAACUACUUCACUUUGUGAUGUUUCACUGAGAGUUGUCUGUCCAGCAGUAUUCUAUCAAGAACAGAGAGAGAGAGAGAAGAAAGACUCUGAAAGAGAUUUUUUUUGGACUGGGAUUGUACCCUUUGCUAUGAGUCUUGGGACAAGAAGACUUGAAAAGAUUGACUUUUGUAAAGUGCCCGGUGUUAUAUCCUGAAUGGAACAAAACUAUUUGUUUUCAAUUUUGGACUUACGUCAUUUUUUUGUGUUUUUGUAUAUGGCCGUUUGUACGUUAUGGCAAACACAAGAACAACUAUGGAUGGACUACCAGACUCAAUCAUUCUUGCAUCCACCUGAAAAGGAGAAUCUGGGGGAAAGAUAUUCUGCGAUUAAUAGUUUUUCUUAUAUCAAGUACUUCUACCAGUCUUUGUGCAGAUUGCGGACUCUGACAAAGCAAGCUCGUAUCAUUCCACUGCUGAGCUGGAAAAAAGACGCUAGCUGUGUGUAAGCCCCUUUAUCUGUUUUUCCCCCCAAAAGUUUGUUGGCAUACGAGGGAACUCUACCCACUGAAUAGGAAGCCAAACAAACAUUUGGUAGCUGAACAGUAGAUUGUGUCUUCGAUAUAAUUAAAUUUGUUUUUGUCAAAAUGUAUUUGUCUUCCCUAGAAAUCUCCCAAAACAAUUUCUAUAAUAAAGUUAAUUU